UAUGAGUCCGUGGACACUGCUAAGCUACUUACACAACUUUUGUCUGCAUAUGCCAGUUGCUUUACAGCAAGCUCGCCAAGAACCAGCUAAUUAUCAUGUAAUUCUAUAAUUCCAAAGAAUCGCGUUACCCUGUAUCCAUCACCCAUUUUUAUGUUGCAAUGUGCCGGCUGUCGGUGUGCGGCGGAUGUGUGGGAACAAGCGUCAAGCGAACAAGCGUGAAGCGUGUCCCGGUGGCCCAACGCGGGAUCAGCGGCGGCAAGUAGUCAGUUCAUCCCAGCGACCGUGACAAAAAGCGGCAGCGACACAGCAUUCCUGCAGGUAGGCACACGAUUUUUCUGCUUUUUUGGAAAUCACUCUCCUUGCUGCCACCGCACACAUCUGCUACCUGCCCGCCCCUCUCCGGUAUUUUUAGAUCGGAAAAAUACCGACGGACGCUAUCCGCCAUUUUUCGAAGUGUUUGUUGGUGUAUUUCGGGAUUAGGCUUGCGGCUUUCCGCCGCUGUUGCUUUUUUGCUCUUCGGCUAACUCGUGAUGUAGAUUAGUAACGAAGCAAAACUAACAAAUUAAUAGAAACCACCGAGAAAAUGGCGACACAACCAAGACUUGUGAACAAACAGUUCAAUUCGCCGAUCAAUCUUUACUCCCCAGCAAAUAUUCAAGAAGUUUUGGAUAGAGAAACACAACUUCUCUCAAAUGGUGCAGUAGGAAUCGACUUUCGAAACCCCGACGUGGGCAAACCAUCGAAUUUAAAGAAUUCGGCAGUUCUACGAAUGCUAGAAGAGGAGGAGAAUAUGAAGAGAAAUGGUUAUGGACCAGGUAAUGACCGCCAAUCGAGAAGCCUCCAAGAAAGAUCAUGGCCGCCACCCGAAUACGAGCAAAAGAACCAGUCACAUUCUAAGUUCAAAGACGUCGUUAUACCAGGUAAAAUAGAAGUUUUUCAUUAACUAUGUGUUGAAGGAAUGAGUUUUUGUGUCCGCCCUCAGCUCUUAAAUUCAUUGUUUUUCACCCCCCUCCCCCCAGCUACUUUUGAACGGAUCAAGUUAGCGAGCUGAAAUUCAGUAAGAUGAAAUUGAUGCAAGAAUAAUAUUUUCUUGGCGUCAACGCAGCAUCUGAAAAGUUCAAAUUAGCGUUUGAGAGCCAUCUUGAAAUAUUUCCUUAAAUAGAACAGGAAGUCAUUUGAUACCUCAUUUUGAAGCUCCUUAUUAGUUCUUUAUAACCAGAGAAUAUAAAAUUGGUGUCCUUCAAAAUGGCUGACUGACAGGUUAUCAAAGUUGAUCGUUUUUAUACAUUGAAUCACUUACACAACAAUUUAUUAUCAAAACUCUUUAUAUGUUAUGUCAAUCUUCUUCCUUUUGA